AUGGAUGCUGGCCGUCGUCGCUAUUUUCGAUACUUCAAGUUUAUCGACUAUUUUGAAAAUGCGUGGACUGCGUAUACCUUGAAUGAGAACACUGCUUCUCACAAGGGAGGAUCCAUUGCAUCAACUCUUGAAUUCUGCAAAUGGGGUCUGCUGGGGGUCUACCUUUUGCUUGAAGGCGUUACAAUCUUUGACGCACUAGGGGUCCAAAAAACGGCCUGGGGUGACAGAGCCUUGCUUGAGAGCAAUAGGUUCUGGCUAUAUGCCCUUGUCUUCUCGCUCUUGAGCACGCUCUGGCAGAUGUUCCAGUUAUACCGGGACGCAAAGACUCCAGCAGCCCAGAAAAUCAAACAGAAACCCAAUGUGAAGAGCAGUCAGAAGCCAUCAACCGAAGGAAAGCAAACCACCAGCAGCGCAGACUUCACCGUCACCAAUCAGGCCUUGGUGAAGGACAUUAUCAUCACUAGCUGCGAUAUCCUGAUUCCUGGAUAUCUUGUUGGCUGGAUCCCGAUAUCUGCGCUGAUGAUGGGCAGUGCUGCAGUUGUGAGCACUCUUCUUGUUGGUCGAGACCGGUGGACCCAGGUUCAAGCGAGCUUCAAGCAGUGA